AGAGAGAGAGAGAGAGAGAGAGAGACCCGACACACCGACAUAAUAGCACCGCGCUCACACAGCCGACCACGGCGGAUUGGCGGAGCGCUCCCGGUGCCUCUCUGUGCUGGGCUUCUUUUCUGCCUGCACCGUGCGCACAUUGGAACUGUUUGGACUGAGAGGAAGGACAAAGAAGGAGAAGAAAGAAGUGCUGGAGGAGCUACCUGCUGAUACAGGAGUGUUUUAUCCGCGCAGGACUGGGUUAAGUGGAAUCACCUGCCUGGAGGUGAGACAGGCUACACACUCCAGGGACAGACUUGACUGCUUUCUAUCUGGAGUAAUGUGUAGAACUCUGUGAAGCACGACUAGUGUUGUUAACUUAAUUAAUAAUCAGAAAAAAAUAACUUUUUAUCAGAGAAGAUUUUUUUUUUUUUUGCACCUGAAUGUCCCAAAAGAAGAUGCGUCUUUUUGUCCACUUUGCGUAAAGACAGAUGUGAUGCGUUUUGGGAACACAUCUGUUUGGAUGGAAGAACUCUGCGGCUGAAAGUGCAAAUAAAUAAUAAUAAAAAAAAGUUUCUUAAAACUUUCGCUUGUAAAAGAAGAAGAACAAUAAGAAGAAGAAAUCCCGCAGGAGAGAGUUGGAUAUGGGUGUUGUUGGGUCUGAAAUCCGUGUGUCCGUGGAGCAACCUGCAGCUGGGAUGCACUGUGCAUCUGAGCCGCGACGUUUCACACCAUGAUACGGGAGCAAAACCUGCACCUGACAGCGAAUACCUGAACCCAAAUCCACAAGCAUCUACUAUGUCCUCACCACUGACGAGGAAGCUGACUCUGUGCCAGGCCCUGAACUUUAUCCUGCUGCUGGUCGCUCCUGUUUGCCUGUCGUCCCCGCAGAGUUCAUGGAUCUCUACGUGGGGUCCUUCGGGCGAGUCUUCAUCAGGGCGUGUCCGGCGGCAGCUGCACUUCAGGAACGAGUGGGCGACGUGGAGCGGCUGGUCUGUCUGCUCACGUAGCUGUGGGAGCGGAGCCUCAGUGAGGACACGCACCUGCAUCACCAGGAACCCGGUGGGUGGACCAUGUGCAGGAGAUCCCAGACAAUACAAGAUCUGCAACACCAAGGAGUGUCCCCCUAGCUCGGAGGAUUUCAGAGAGAUGCAGUGUGCUGCCUUCAAUGACAGACCGUUAGUGGCUGGAAACUCCUUCAAAUGGACGACCUUUCAUGGAGGCUCUAACCCCUGUGAACUGAGCUGCCUGGCCUUGGGUCACAACUUCUACUACAACUUUGGCCGUGUGCUCGACGGCACAGCCUGCGACAAGGAGCCCGGAGCGGUGUGUGUCAAUGGACACUGCCUGAAACCCGGCUGUGACUCUAUCUUGGGUUCAAAGCAGCAGGAGGAUGCCUGUAUGGUGUGUGGAGGCCAAAACACCACCUGUAUGCACCACAAGAGUGUGUACCAGAGCAACGGUCUGGAGGCAGGCGGACCUUUUGGGUACAACGAAGUGGCCAUGAUACCAGCUGGAGCCACUCAUAUCCGAGUCACCGAUAACAGCAGGAAUUAUCUAGCCCUCCAGAACGGACGCUCCCAGUUUGUGAUCAACGGUAACUGGAAGAUCAGCAUCCCAGGCGAGUACAACGUAGCCGGGACGAAGCUGCUUUACCGACGCUCAGCGGACACCUUUGAGAGCUUCGAGGUACCGGGACCCACCCGGGAAGACCUUCAUCUAAUGGUGUUGGCGACAGACAGAAACCCAGGUAUCGAGUAUGAGUACUGGUUGCCACCGGACCAGUAUGACCUCUACCAUGGGAGGAGGAGUCCACUGCGUCAAGCUCACCACACUGCCAACUACCUCCCCUGGGAUCAACCAGCCACUACAACCGCCACUACUACCACCAGCACCACCACCACCCGGGCUCCUCCUGUCACCACCCGAUCCCAUUGGUUUUUAAGGCCUGUGAAGCCGCCACGCCAAUCUCCCCAUCACAACCGCCAUCAUCAGCCCAUCCUGCCCCGCCUGGAGCGUGAGGAGAACCACAGGAACCUUCUGCCUCAGCCUUCACCUGGAAGGCAUUGUGGAAAAUGUCAGCGGGUUAAAGGUCGGAGAGAACGCCAGAGACAAUAUUGCCAGAAGGACUUUGUUUUCCGAGGCAAAGUCCUUGGGAAGCUGUACAGAGGCAAGGAGACGCGUUAUGACGUCCAGAUCAUCCACACGUACCGCAACGGCUUCCGCCUGGAGCAUCGGGAGUUCUUGUGGGCCCCUAAUGUGUGUGACUGCCCCCACAUGGAGGAGGGGAGACAGUAUAUAAUGAUGGUGCGUCGUCACAUUAACUAUGAGCACACGCUAAACCGAAUCCUGAUGGAGGAGGACAGCUACGUGGUGCCAUACAGACCCAGAGAGGAUGAACUGCUGCGACCGCUCGGAAGACUCUGCAGCAACAGAGGACCAAAACAGCCGGCAGAGCUGAGGGGAUGAGCAUGCAUCAGAGAAUGAAACUUUAUUUACUUCCCACGUUUUCAUUUCUGGACCUUC